AGUACGCGCUUGACCACGCUGCCGAGAGGAGCCCGUUCGCCGCUUCCGCAGCUGUUCCAGCGAGAACGACACUUCACUCAUCAUGCCCAACUGUCCAAAGUGCGACAAGCCGGUCUAUUUCGCCGAAAGGAAGACCUCGCUGGGCAAGGACUGGCAUGGUUCCUGUUUGCGUUGCGAAAAGUGCAACAAGACGUUGACACCUGGCAGCCACUCGGAGCACGAGGGCAAACCCUACUGCAACCACCCGUGUUACUCGGCUCUGUUUGGACCUGGAGGUUUCGGUCGAGGCGGAGCCGAGAGUUACGUUUACAAAAAGUGAAAAGCCUGGACUACGUGGGCGCAUGUAAUACUUAUCGUUAAUCGAAUCGCGUUACCUGUACCGUAGGAAUUAAAUUUAAUUGUUAAUAGACACCGUGGAUCGUCUACGAGCGAAGUACAAUAUUUUCGUAGGGAUUACGAAACGAUCGCAAAGUGUGGAAUACUUGAGAUAAUUAAUUUUCUACAACGUCGAGUACCGCAUAAUGUAUCUAUUUACUAGUUACAAAGUUGAAUAAAAAAUGUAAUAAUGCUAGUUUAAGGGAAAGUAGCCUACGUUCUCGUUGAUUGAUAAGGAAGUAAUCUGCGUGCCAUUACCUAUCGGUGAUACGUAAAAUCGUGGCACCGUUUCGCGAAGUGGACGCGCGAGAGGCAAGAUGGCAGCUCUUGUACCAUUUGUACCCUCGAAAAAUCAAUUUUAAUUCUUCCGAAUUUUUGGGUCUACUUUCUCAACGCGAUACAUAUAUAUAUAUAAUUUUUGUUCUCGUUAUCCGUUUUAAUUGGCAAUUAAAAAGCGCAAGAACGGUUUUGCCUGCAAUUAUCGCGUUACUUGUAAAACUCGUCUAAUUGCAACGCCGUUCUCCAUUAUUUCAUACGCGUGUUUGAAUGUAACGCAAUUUUGCUUCCAUGCGGGCAAGAGAUAAGAGGGACCAACACGAGACGAACUUCAUAUAAACCUCAUAUUUAUUUAAAAAGGAUGUACAGAGUUUUGUUUGCAAGUAUCAACAGCGAGACUCGGCAAGAGCGGCGCACGGAACAAGAAUAUCACACGGGACGAAAUGACAGCGAAAUGAAAGAAAAAGAAAAACAAAAAAAAAAAAAAAAA